UCACAGUGGGAGUGGCAAGACCCAGUUCCUUCUUACCCUUCUCCUGGCUACCCAGCUUCCUGCGCCUCGUGGCUCGGGGAAGCGUGCCAUAUACAUCUCUACAGAAGCUCCAUUGUCAACACCACGUCUUUCGCAGCUCAUCGAGUCCCAUCCAUAUCUCUCCACCCUGUCUCAAGAUCAAACUCCCUCGCUGGACAAUAUCUUGUCUAUCAAUGCCAUGGACCUCGAGACCCAAGACCACAUUCUCAACUACCAACUUCCCGUCGCAAUCAAGCGAUACAACGUUGGACUUGUUGUCAUUGACUCCAUUACCGCCAACUACAGAGCGGAGCAUGUGUCGCAUAAUCUAUCGGGCUUGUCCACACGAUCUGGUGAGCUUGCCAGACUAGGUCAAAUGCUAAGGAACUUGGCCGCGAAUGAGAAUAUUGCAAUCGUUGUCGCAAAUCAAGUCUCUGAUCGGAUUGAAGCUGCUGGUGGCCACCCAGCCCUACUCCGUCCAGGUGGUGGUGGUGUCUCACCUAUUCCUUCUACGCAGCAGCAAGCACUGCCGUCACAUCACGAAUCAGGAGCUGCGACACCGUUACCUCGAGGCCGACCUCUCGAGUCUCGAAACGUCGAGCUAAACCCACACAACCCUAUCUUUCCAUCCUCGCCUUCUAGUUUUGCCUCAUCGCCAUAUCCUGCCGAGGACGAUCUGCAACAGCAGCCGUUCGACGGGUCAUACCUGAUUGGCAACCCUGUACGGAACGAGAUACUGAGUCUUCACCAUCAGCAGCGGUUCUUCACCGGGUGGGGUGAUACGCCGCGAACAACAUCCUCAAGCUUUUACCCUGCUUUUCAACAAUCCUCACAGAAGACCCCGACGCUGGGCUUGGUUUGGUCUACUCAGAUUGCAUGUCGGAUUGCACUGAAAAAGGAGAGCCGCACCGUGGAUUGGGAAGCCAUUCUCGAGGACACCUUUGCGUCCAGUGAGCAACACUUGCUGCCCACUGAGGAGAGACAGGCCAGUGAGCCCCCUGCUAUCCCCGACAAAUUCAAUCCAGUCGACGAGCAAGAGAAGCCUGUUGCUCCGGAUAUUUCCCCCCACACAACACCGACAAAACACCCUCAAUCAUCAUCCCCGCAGGCAGUUACACGGGGCGUACGGAGGACCAUGAAACUCGUAUUUGCCCCCUGGACUGCUGGGCCAGUCACAGAGCAAGGUGAAAUCCAAGACGAGGCGGAGUUUGAAAUCUGGAAGGGCGGGUUAAGAGGCUGUACAGAAGAUUUCGACACCAUCUAGCGCUAGAUAUCCCCCCGAUACGAUUAACGACCGAUAUAACACUCCCUUCU